AUGCCAUCACCACACCAGAAAAGCAAUCUGCCUAUUCUUGACCUAUCAAAAUAUCAACCAAAUGAUCCCUCUUCACACUCUUCCCAGGAGUUCCUCAAAGAGCUUGAUAAAACAAUGAGAAACAUUGGCUUCUUUUAUGUUAAAAACCAUGGGAUCCCACUUACAGUACAGCAAGACGCCUUUAAAGCUAUGAAAGCUUUUUUCAAAUUGCCUUUGGAAGAAAAAUUAAAAAUUGAAUUAAUAAACUCUCCUCACUUCCGUGGUUAUACCCGUAUGAAGGGGGAAACGACAAACUUUAAGCAAGACAACCGAGAACAAGUUGAUCUUGCAAGAGAGCAAAACGCAGAGACUCUCGAAGGUCGUCCGGCAUAUGUUGGACUUCGCGGACCGAAUCAAUGGCCAGAAGGUGUACCCGGUUUUAAAGAAGACAUUACUGCCUUAAUGGCAGCGAUGACAGAUGUGGCACUAAUAUUACUUAGGGCCAUGGUGCGAACACUAAAUAUCGACGAAGAUAAAUUUAUGGCCAUGUUUGGUAAUGAUUACGGUGCCCGAGUUAAACUGCUGCGUUAUCCAGCAAUGUCUAAUGAGGAAGAUCGGCCUAAUGAACAUGGUCUUGGUGUAGGCCCUCAUAAAGAUUCCGGAUUUCUGGCACUUUUGCUUCAGGAUGAGCUUGGUGGACUUCAGGUCCAAACACAGACCGGUAAAUGGGUGGAUGCCGUUCCGAUUCCAAACACAUUCGUUGUCAAUAUUGGUGAAAUCCUUGAAAGAUUGACUCGAAAAACCUUUGUGGCCACUACCCAUCGUGUGCUCACUCUGACUUCUACAGAUCAAGACAGAUUUUCGUUUCCACUUUUUCUUGCACCUGCCUUGGAAACAAGAAUACCUCAGUUAGACGUACCUUUGGCAGCAAAAAACGUAGUAUCUGAUGUGAAGGAGGAGCAAUUACUCCAGGAUGAGGUUUAUGGUGUCAAUGAGCUUAAUUCUUAUUGUCGAAGCCAUACAAAGGUAGCACAGAAAUGGUAUCCGCUACAGUGUACUAAUGGAGUAGCUGACAAAGUGAUUACAAAACCUUGAUAUAAGCUCAUCUUGUCACGAUUUUGUUUUUGAAUAUUUAAUAGUAAUAAUAAGGUUUUAAUCAUUCUAUUUUCUCAUUUCUUUUUUCUCAAUUAUCAAUCUUUAUAUACUAAAUUUUUUCAGCGUAAAA